AAUCUCCAAAGGUCGGUGGGAGGCGAAAAACCAUGGCUUGCCCAAGGACGCGGAGAUGAGGUCUUCAAUACUAUGCCCCCUUCCGGUUCCGGGAGAAAAUAAAAGGCCCGGGGAGUCCGGUACGGACGAGCCCCAAAGGAAGAUUAAGCGGACAAAAAGGGCCGCCCGCAAACUAAAAAGCCAAAUCGUCUUGUCCUCCGAGGAGGAGGACGACAAAGAGGAUGACGAUGAGGAGCAGCCGGAGCUCGUCCGCCAUCGAUCCAUUCGACCGGACCCUGAGCCGGUGGUCGAUCCAGCUGAGGCUCCUCCCGAGGACGUGAGGGUUGAGGAUGCUAGUGAACCCUCGGCCCCUGCGCGGGCGUCCCCGGGUACCGAUCACCCGGUUACGUCCCCCCCGUCUUCCUCGACUUGGGGGCAGCUGCCGGACGACAUCCCGAUGAUGGGAGGUAGCUUCGAGACCUUUUUUGAUGGGGUACCCUCCGCCAACACUUUCGGGCUCGAAACCCCCCGGAAAGACCCUCAGGCCGAAUCAAGUGGGACUUCGGCCGUCGACAAGCUUGUCGAUAGGUUUCCAGCUCCGAGCCUGGACCCGAACUGUAACAGGAUAGUAACUUUUGCUAUCCCCAAAGACGUCCGGGCUCUGGGGCCCCCGGUCGGGGUUGCAAGCUAUCUUCAUCACCUGAUGACGGAGGAAGACCGGGCUGCAACCGAGGCUGUUGGAAUCUUCCCCGAGUUCGAAUACACUCACUCGGGGACUACCUUGAAAGACCUAAGGGUUGAAUCUUACCCGAGUUCAAAUGCACUCACUCGGGACUGUCUGAAACCCUGA